AUGCAAACUUUUUACCACAAGAAAAGUGCAGCCGACUUCUGCCUAGUAACAGCGGACUCUCUGAUUGGAGGAUGCGCGGAAGCAGAGAAACCCCCUCCCCCUCCUGGACCUCCCAGCCGGGCCACACCAGAGCGGGCGCCAGGUCCUCACAUCCUCAGCACCAGGGCUUUUCAGCUGAAAGACCUGGAACCUGCAAACAACACCAUGUACAACACCAUGAACAACACCAUGAAACGCUAG